AUGCUGAGGCGCGAUGCGAAGGUGUACCAGGUGCCACCAGCAACAUCAGCUGCCGGUCAUCGAGCUGCGGAUUGGAAGGAAGCGAUUUGGCGGGGCAACGUUCGCAUCGUUGCAAGAGGUAAAACUCUGACGAUUCGUCUGUUGGACAAUGGCGCUGACAGUUUGUUCGCUCAGUGUGUCAUCCCAAACGGUGAACAUGAACUUUACGUGGAACGCGUCGUGGAUUCCAGCCGCUAUUGGGUUCUGAAAAUUGUGAAUGGGUCACGGCACGCUUUCAUCGGCUUUGGUUUCAGCGACAGAGGCGAUGCGUUUGAUUUCAACGCAUGCUUGGCCGAUUUCAAGGCAACAUGGGUCGACAAAGCAAAGGAGGCGGAAGUGAUGGAUGCUCUUCCAAUGAAGGACUUGUCAUUGAAGGAUGGUGAAACUAUCAAGGUGAAUUUGCCGGGGCGCUCUGGCAGGCCCGCUGAUCUGGCCAAGCAAGUGCUUGUUUGUCAAUCGUCGUCGCAGUGGUUGCACUCAUGUGUAUUGUCUCUGUGCACAAGUGCCAUGUUUGGGGAUAGUUGGGCACUCUGA